UUCAAUUUGCAAAUAAGUUAACAUUUAGUUUGCAAAUUAGUUAACAUUAAGUUAACAUAUUAGUUAACAUAAAAAUAUUUUACAUGACUCGAAUGUUACCCGGACGGUCCCCUGGUGUGAUCCUAAAGUCUGCCAAAUCCAAACGCUGCUUGUUGCUCAGGAUGUGAAGUUAAAUCAGACAGCCAGAGAUCAGAUUCAUGUCAUGAAGCCGAAGUCUCUCUUCUGUGGUCCUGUCUCUGGCUCCUCUCAUCGAUUCAAUCGAAACGCCAUCAGCGGCAGAUACAUGCGGCAUGUGGACACCGGUGUUUCAGACAAUAGUCUCGCUCAACCGGAGGGGAUGACCGAAGAUGUUCGACUCACUUUUCUGCCGGAGAGAUCCUACGAGCCUUUAGUGGAAGAAGGCAACCAACAAAAAGUAAAGCAGGAAAAGAAGGCCAAAAAGAAAGAAAAAUAUAAGAAAUACAGAAAGAACAUAGGAAAGGCUCUUCGCUACAGUUGGAAAUGUCUGAUGUUGGGGCUGCAGAAUUUCUCUGUGGGAUACUCCACCCCGCUUUCCGCCGCUGCAACAAUGGUUCCAGAUUUUCACCCGGGAGCAGCUUGGGGUUGAGAGAACCAGUGACCAGAAAGCAUAUGUAUGAACAUGUUAAUUUAGCAUUUUCAGAUAAAUAUACAAGAAUUCUGUAUUUUUACCCUGGGCUGCCUCUCGAUCUGUCACUACAUAAAUCUGCUCUUUGGCUCUGUUUUAACAUGCAGGUUCCCUAUAGAAUGAGAGGAUGAUGAUAUGCAUCUCAUUUUGCUAAAUUCAGAGGUUUUGGGAAUGUAUAAAAUAAAGUUUAUUGUAUUGUAUGACGACAUGGAAAUAAGUUAUUGUAUUGUAUAGACCUAUAACAACAGGGGACUACAGGGGAAAAAUUACACUGAUAUUAAAGGAUUUGCCUGAGUUAGAAAACAAUUGUAUGUUUAAAGCAAGGGAUGUAUAAAACGUAAGUGUUUUUAGAAUGUACUGUGAGCAUUAAGUAAAUUAGAACCACAACAGGAAAAGACCGUAUGAAAAGGCCAGUAAACCAGAAAUAGCUGUGACAAGAUAAGAUCAAUUAAAAAACUGUGUAAUAAAAUCCAUCAACCUUCUUAAAUAACAACAUUGUAUUUGUUUUGUUAUUGCUAAAACUACUAGUCUUUAUUGACGUUUUUAUUUGAGGUUAAAUCGCUUGUGUAAGCCGACAUCCUCCAGCACAACAGGUGGCGCUGUUCACAACUGAAGUCAGAUCGGUCACUGCGACAGUCGAGAGAAGCAGAGAAGACAUCAUGGCGGGAUUAAUGAAAUCUCAAAAUGGCUUAAAUAUCGUAACUGUCAGACUCAAGUUGAUUUUGACUGCCGUGUUUUUUUCUCUUCAGCUUGUUCAACAGACGUCAGGUACCAUUCGUCCAAUCAUAGACGUAAAAGAUGGACAAGAGAUUCAAAUUCGAGCAGCCCAACAUUUUUGUUACUAUAACCCCACUUUACCUGGAUGGAGAGAAACAUGGACUAGAAUUCAGGUGAGAGUAUGGAGCACGAAAAUGCUGAAGGUAACAGUGGUCAAAGAUGAACUGGACCUGCAGGAGCUCGAGCAUUUCAGCAUCUGGCAGCUCGUGCAUUACUUCAUCCGUGAACAGACCAACGAGACCACCGUGAGCAUCGGUCUCUUUAACAACAAGACCUGUUUCCGUGUGGACCCCUCAGACUCGAACACAAUCUAUACAGUACACCCCAGUCGACAUUUUGACAUUUGCCUUGUUUUGGUGUUUCUGGCUGGAGUGCUGCUAUUCGUCUUUGCAGACAUGCUCAGCAGGAGUCAAGUGUUCUUCUACUCUGCGGGAAUGAGCACUGGCAUGAUUGCCUCCCUAAUCAUCGCCAUCUACGUCAUUGGCCGCUUUUUACCGAAGAAAAGCCCUGUCUAUGUGCUGAUAAUGGGAGGCUGGUCUUUUUCUCUUUACAUCAUCCAACUGGUGUUUCGGAAUCUGCAGCUAAUUCUUAGAGAGCACUGGCAUCUGGCUAUUGGUUAUGUCACUGUCAUCGGGUUUGUCAGUUUUGCAGUGUGUUAUCGCUAUGGCCCUCUCGUGGAGGAGAGAAGUAUCAACAUCCUGUCCUGGACGUUGCAGAUAUUCGGACUUCUCUUCAUCUAUGCUGGAAUUCAGGUUCAGCAAGUAGCUUUUGCUAUUAUAUUGGGUGCGCUCUGCUCCAAGAACCUUGACUACCCUCUCACAGUGGCCCUCAAAUUGUAUAGAAAACUUCAGCCAAGGAAACCAGAGCCACAACGUCUGCUAACUGAAGAGGAGUAUCGGAGACAAGGGGAAGAAGAGACUCAAAAAGCUCUAGAGGAGCUCAGAAAUUACUGCGGCAGUCCAGAGUUCAACACCUGGAAGACUGUGUCUAGACUCCAGUCUCCUAAAAGGUUUGCUGACUUCAUUGAGGGCUCUCCUCAUCUGCUGUCCAAUGAGGUAUCUGUUCACACCCAGGAGUACGGACUGGAUGGAUCGUUCUUUGAAGAUGAGCUGUUUUCCACCGAUGAAGAAGAAAAUCUGGAGGAGGACGGAUGGGAAACAAAUGACGAUGUAAAGCCAGAAGUAGUAUCUCCACGAUGGAACAACUCACGGGUGAUAAAAUGAUGCUGUUGAAAAGCAUUCAAAUGAAGCAUUAGGCAGAUCAAGUCUGUUUGUGUGAAAUGUUUAUCUGUAGGCAACGAGUGACUGCAGAGCCAAACACCUACUUGCACAUGAUCUGCGUCCUUAUGAUCUACUGAUGAUUAAUAGAAACGACAGAGCGCCAGCUAUCCCAACCAAAGUUAUGUGAUUGAUGAGAAUGGCCAACAUUUAAUUUUCUUUUCAUGACCAGAAUUUUUAUUUAUUUUUUAUUUUAAUCUUUGUGUUUGCUCUUUAAAGAAAUCCUAUGGGAGGUGACUGUGAAAGAUUUUUUUUUCUUGUUUCUUUGACUGUAUUUUAUGUACUGUAUUUUAUGAUUGUUUUGGUUGUUUGUUUUGUUUUUAUGUUUAAAUAAGGCCCAUAAACAUGCUUGUCAAUAUCAAUGAAACCACAGUUCUGAGGUUGAACAGAAGAAGCACAUAUGUGAUAAAAGACUUUAAGGGGCUGUUGACUGAUGCCAAAAGUUUAUUUUAUUUUUGUAUGAAUGAACAAUAAAAGCAGAAUUGUUACUGUGUU